AGCUUUUGGAAAAUAUGUCGAAUUGUCAAUCAAAUAUAAAUUAUUAGUAAAUCCAAUUCUAGGACUAUGAAACGCAGAGCUCAAAGUAAAACUUCCGUUGCUUCCAGCACGGAUUUCUUUUCACUCUCCGACAAGCCAUCGUUGGGAAGAAGACGAGCCCUACUGGCUGCAAAACUUAAGCGUCAGGAACAGAGUACAACGUCCUUUGACUCCAGCACAGGCUCCUACACUUAUACAGACGCCACUUCUUUGCGAAAGACCCCCAUCACCUUCUCACCUAGCCCGGAGUUCAUGAAGACCGCCAAGGCUAAAUUAAAGUUAAUCGCAUUGUAUGAAGAUCACAAAUGCUUGUGGAAUCAGCGCAACAAAGAUUUCUUCAAUUUCGAGCUCAAAGACAGAAUCUGGGAUGCGAUUGCCGAUGAAAUGAAAGCGGACUCGCCAUCUGGGUUUUGGAAACAUAUGAUUCACAAGCUUCGCUAUAAAGUUGAGAUGGAGCGCAUACAAGAGCAGGGUGCAAAGUUUUCGGGUGAAUCGCCGCAGCCAAAACUAUUUUAUUCAGAUAAUCUGCUGUUUCUAAAUCACAUGUUUGACCGAGAAGGGGGAAAACCCCCUCGAGAGAUUCCAAUGCAUCUUAAGCCUUCGGGACCUACUCUCGAAAAGAAUCCGUCUAGAAACCUGCGACAUGUUCAGGAAAAACGUAAACGUACGCCCAUUAGAGAAAAGAUGGCUUCGCUUGAGAAGUUGAGGAAUCUCCAAAAUAGCAAGUUUGUUCUCUCCCGCGACGCUUUUCAAAAAAUUCAAAAAAUUACUAGUGGCGGUCCCUAUUACUUGACAAAAACAAAGAUUAGACCAUAGGCCUUGAUUUGAAUAUCUCAAAAUAAAAAAAUGCAAUGCAAACACAU